AUGUACGACUUGAACGUCACAUGGCCUGCGCUGUCGUAUGGCACAGUGCCGUCCCAGAAUGAACUCACCAACCUAUACAACACCAUCGCCAUGCUUUACUCCAUGGGCUACCGCUACGUGGCUCUAAACUUCUCCAUUUCAGAGAAUGUCAAACUUCCACUCAGCACUCCAGAUAAACUCAAUCCAAUCCCCUUAGCAGAGCUCCGAAAGCGGUUUGCCAAUUACGAGGGACUCCACUUGUUCUCAAGAAUCACUUUAGUCAUUGCAGACCCAGCAAAAUGUCAGAAUAUCCUGAAACUCAACAACUUGGCCUGUUUCGAUAUCAUAUCAGUUCAGCCAACCACAGAGAAAGCGUUGCAGCUCACCACCACAAACCUUGACAUUGAUAUCGUCAGCUUGCCCAUGGCUACACGUCUCUCUUUUUUUUUGAAGCACAAAACCGUGGGCCAGGCUCUCACCAGAGGCAUCAAAUUUGAGAUCUGCUACUCGGGGCUAAUAGCAGGCCCUGCUGGAUACGAGAGCUCAUCUGCGCUCGGAACUACGGGCCAUAUCAGCAGAAAAACCUUCUUGGGCAAUUGCCUUCAGCUCAUUCGUGCAUCCAGAUGUCAGGGAAUUGUAUUCUCCAGUGGUGCUACUGAACCUCUCCAUGUGAGAAACCAUACUGACAUCUUAGCUGUUAUGAGAGAAAUGGGCUUGAAAACGUCCAACAGCAAAGAAGGUUUCAUCAAGAACCCAGAAUGUGUGCUUGUGAGCGGAAGACUCCGUAUCAAGUCUAACAAGCAAACGGUGAUGAUUGGGAACAAUGUAGGUGGAGGAAAUAGAGCAUCGACAGUGAUCCAGGGAGAAACCGCUAAAAAGAAUGUGGUAGACAGCUACAAGAGGAAAAGUGACGACGCAGACGCUUCUUCCAAGAGGAGGAAGCAAUGA